AUGGCCGACAAAGGCACAUGGCCAUGGAACUUGCCAGAGGUCACACCAGAACAGCUCCUCCAGGAGUACCACUCACAUCGCGACAAACAGCCGAUCCUUUACAAUGAGGCUAUAGACAAGAACUACUCUGCUGAGCAGCUUCCUCAUAACUUCACUCGUGUAGUUGAAGGCGACAUGAUUCCAGUGACCAACCACGCGGCCCAGCAGCUCGCAAAGAGAUGUGCUGACUUGUACGACAAGUUUGUGGCCUCCAGCAGACACCACCACAAAUGCGAGGACACCGAGGAGGGCCCGGCGAUGAACAACAAUGCGGAUGCCGAAGCAACGACCAGCAAUGACGACGAAAACAUUGACAGCAACAUAGCCAGUUCUCAAAUCCUCCACAUUACCACAUCCGACUUUAUCGAGUUCACAACCCUCUUCCACAACCUCUCGUGCCUCAAUCAAGCCAGCCACGCCGGCCACAGCUGCCUCAACGGACACCACGACCAGCGCCAGCUCCACACGCAACAUGACAUAGCCCCUUCCUCCCGAGAUACAAACCUACCGUUUCUCCACCACGAGACCUUCCCGGAGGAGGCCUACCAGACAAGAUCCCCCCUUGCUCAGGACGAACCCGACGCCCCGCUGUACAACAAGGACCUUCUCCGUGCCCAACAGCCAGUGGCAGCAGCAGCAGCAGCAGCUGAGGUGCAGAAGCAAGGAAUCGAGCACGGCGGCCUUCAGCACCAGCAGCACCAGCAGCAGCAGCCAUCACCCAGUCAUGCCAUGGCCACCGAUACCACGACCUCAACCACGGCGGCAGCGGCGGCUCUGGAGGCGGUCCUGGCGCGGGUGCGCGCCAUCCGCCGGGCGGUCGAGGGGGGCAGCGCGGCGGCCGCCAGGGAGGGGUUGCGAUGGCUGGAGGGGGAGGUGGAGCGGAUGCUGGAGGGCUGCGCCGCCGGCCGUGGGGACGGGACGACGUCCGAGGACGAGAAUAGGAGCGGCGGCCACCUUGACCCUCGUGCUCGUGUUGCGGGGCAGCAGGACGAUGCCGAGCUCGAGCUGGACGCGUGGCUCGACUUGAGCAGGUUCUCCUGA